AUGGCCACUAUGAAGCGAUCGCCCAACGUGAAAUUCGACGAAGUGCCAGGAAGUCUGCCACAAGAAUCAAAUCCGGACAAUGUUGAUCUCUCAGAGGUAGCCGACGUUGCAGUUGCCAAGCUAAAUGACCCUCAGCCGGACCACUUCACCGAAAAUGCUAUCUGGAGGGACCUCCUCUCUUUCACAGGCACAUAUCGCACCCUGUACUCGCGAGCCAAAGUGGUCGACAGUUUGAGCAGAUUGGGUACGGAGAAGCAGCGCUCUCGAUUCGAGAGAAGGGAGGAGACAGCCCACAAGCCACGAGCUGCCAGUAACUUCGCGGCAAGCUGGGUCGAUAUUGACAUUCGGUUCUCCUUAGACAUCGAUGGUCUGGCUGGAGAGGGCUCUGCUAUUGUUUCCGUGGUGCAUUCUCAGGAUGGUAAGUGGCGUAUCUGGAUGCUUCGGACAUGGCUGGAAUGCUUCAAAGGUCAUGGUGAUCCUGACACCCCAAUCACAACAAGCCAAGCGACCAAUGGAACCAAUGGUGACUCCAACGCAACUUCAAACGGCCACACGGAGACAUCAAUCUACGACGCCAUCGUCGUUGGCGGCGGUCAAGCAGGACUUUCGACAGCUGGAAGACUCAAGGCACUUGGUGUCAGCUAUCUGCUCCUUGAAAGCCGCCCUGAAAUAGGAGAUGUCUGGAACACACGAUACGAGUCACUUCGAUGGCACACGUCGAAGCUUUCCUGUGGCAUGCCGUUCGAUCAAACCACUUUUCCGGACGAUGACGACUAUAUGCUGCCCACCAAGCGCAUAGGUGCUGGACACAAAGCGUGGUCGGAGAAGUACGGCAUAAACGUCCGGAUAAGUACGACUGUGGAUUCAGCUCGAUGGCAGGAAGCGGAGAAGAUAUGGACAGUCAACACAACUUCUGGGGAACGGAAGGAGACAUUUCAGGCGCAUAAUCUCGUUCUCACCAUCGGCACUGGUCACCUCACACCCGUAUUACCCGACUGGGCUCAUGCAGACAAAGUUGCAGUAGGUGGAUUCAAAGGCACUAUCCUCCACGCCUCACAAUACAUGUCCUGUAAAGCUUGGUCUGGCAAGCGAGGUAUCGUAGUCGGGACCGCAAACACUGCUCAUGAUGUCGCCGAGGAUAUGGCAAACGCUGGUAUGCAGACUACCAUGAUGCAACGCGGAUCGACAUACAUAUUUCCAGCUGAAUGGCUACACAAGUCGCAAGAUAUACAUUACAACUCAAGCAAGCAUCCGGCUGAUGCGGAUAAGGAGUGUUUCACUUACCCAAACAAGAUCUUGAGAGCGAUUAUCAAUCGAUUUGCAUACAUGCUUGUCAAGAAGAACUCAGCACGGUUCGAUAGACUGGAGGAAGCAGGCUUCAAGCUUGACCGCUUUGGUGACAUCUACGACAACCUAUACGUGCGAUUCGGUGGUCACUACGUUGAUAUUGGUGGAUCCAAGCGUAUUGCAGAUGGUGAGAUCAAGGUUGAAACAACGGCCGUGGAGAGCAUGACGGAAGACGGCCUGCUUCUCGAGGAUGGUCGAAAGCUGUCAGCGGAUCUGAUCGUGCUGGCUACCGGUUUUGAUCACGACUUCCGACGCGAUGCUGCAAAGCUGAUCGGCCAGGAGGCCGCUGAUCAAAUGGAUGACUUUUGGGGUGUAGAUGCUGAGGGCGAGAUAAGAGGACAUGCUAAGUUUGCCGGACAUCCCAAUCUUUACUAUCAUGGCGGAGAUAUUCAGGCUGAGGUACUACUGGGCAAGCCUAUGGAGCGCUACACAGACUGA